UUCCCCAAAUCCCUGAAUUUCUCCCCAAAUUUGCAGGAGUUCAAGCUGAUGUUCGGGAUGCUUUUCUCCCUCCGCUCCUUCGUGGCCAAGAUGAGCCCCACGGAUAUGAGGGACGGGUUCGUCUCGUUCCACACCAGCCGGUACCGCCUCCAUUACCUGGAAACGCCCACCGGGCUCCGAUUGGUUCUCAACACCGACCUGGGCGUGGCCAACGCGCGCGAGGCGCUGCAGCACAUCUACAGCAACGUGAGGAAAAAAAAAUUUAAAAAUUGGGAUUGGGGGGAAUUCCGGGGGGAAUUAACAAAAAUCACAAAAAUCCUGGUGUGAAAAUUC